AAACUUACUCUCUUACGUCAGGACAUCCCAUAUACUUAUAUCAUACAUAUGUGACGAUAAGUACGGUAUAUGUAUAGUACAGUAGAGUGUAUUGUGUCAGUUGAGGUUUGUGACAGCACUUAUUUUGGGCGCCCAUAUAGAGGGAUUCAGAGGGAUGUCGACAUCAGACACACACACAUAAAUACAUACAGACAAACUUGGAGACCGGUAUUCACGCGCCACUCUCGCGAUAGUUUGCCAAAGGAGUCCCUUUAGUUUGGAUUCAGCAGUCAAUUGUACUGUCAGUAGUAUACAGUAAACACGUUUUGCAAGUUGGGCUGACACUGGAGUGGUGCUCCCCUUCCCUAUUUUUGAGAGACCGGAGCGAGAGACAGAAAUACAGUAAACGAGUACUGUAUAUGUUAGGAGUGCCAGUCAGUCAGUUAGUGUUUGUGUGUCGAUGAGGAUGCAUAAGAGGGCAUCCAUACAAUUACCUGCUGGAGCGCACCAAACAACAAUUCGUUUGCCAGCUCACACCGUUUGCCCUAACAGUGCUGUCCGUCCGAAAAGUUCAGUGCCAUUGAAUUAUAUUUAUAGACAAAACGGGUUACUAUCUAACGGUGGUCAGUUAGCUCACUAUCAUCUGUUACCUUAUGUGCCAUUAGUUUGGUGUCCAAAUCAAUCCAAUAUUCUCAACUCAAAUUUACAAUUAUCGGCCGUAUUUUACGUACCGGUGCUUAAUAUUAAUCAUUGCUAUCAACAUUUAUGUCAAUACUGGCCCUCAAUUGUCCACUUGACUGACAUUAAUACAUUGUCUUAUUAUCAAAAUUAUCUCAUGUAUACUAACCCAUCUACAUCUGGAUCUAAUGGAUCUAAUAUUUCUUCAUCGAAUUCAUUACCAACUUUGCCAUUACCGGUGCCAAUGGACACAACUACUUCUCCCUAUACUCAUAGCAUAAAUAGCUUUUACUCGGGUUAUGGUCUCUAUCGAUGUGAUCUCUCAUCGCCACUACAACUACAAGCACAGCAUCGACACCAAACUAACAGUCCAUCGACUUCCUCGACAUCAACAAGUAAUACGACUACCAGUGCUAACCUCAGUGCAAGUGCUAAGUGUGGUCCGUUAAAGACUUCAUUGAAAGUUAAGCCGCGUUUUUAUAUCUACCGACCCGUCGGUGUAGUGUAUCAACACAACCACACAAGUAGUACAUCCUAUCAUCGUUGGCCAACUCAACUGUUUGCGCCAAUUAUGGGGCAAAAAGUCAGUUCAAUUAAGUCUCCCAUCAGUCGGGAUAACUCCUCAUCUAUUGCUUCCCGAACUAAGGAUCUACUGGACAGCUCACGACCCGCACGAUUGGACCUCUUGCUGGAUAUGCCGCCCGCCAACUAUGAGACGCAGUCUAAACACGGCUGGAGUUCAGAGGACCGGUCAUUGAAUAUCUUUGUCAAAGAGGACGAUCCGACCACUUUUCAUAGACAUCCUGUGGCCCAAAGCACGGACUGUAUUCGCGGAAAAGUUGGCUACACUAGAGGUAUGCAUGUUUGGCAAAUGUCGUGGUCUACCCGUCAACGGGGCACACAUGCCGUUGUCGGUGUGGCCACAAGUGAGGCUAAUUUACACACAAACGGCUAUCAAUCGCUGGUCGGCGCUAAUGACCAGUCGUGGGGUUGGGAUUUAGGACGUAAUAAAUUAUAUCACGACCUGAAAAACAACUCCGGCCUCACAUAUCCGUCUAUACUGUCCAAUGACGAAACAUUUGUUGUACCCGACUCUUUCUAUGUGGUACUGGACAUGGAUGAGGGCACACUUGCCUUUGUCGUUGAUGGCCAGUAUCUCGGUGUCGCCUUUCGAGGACUGCGCGGCAAAAAGCUAUACCCAAUUGUGAGCUCAGUUUGGGGUCACUGCGAAAUUAGUAUGAAAUACAUCGGGGGUUUAGACCCGGAACCGUUGCCAUUGAAAGAGUUGUGCCGUCAAGUGAUCCGCCGAGAAGUCGGCAAAUCGCGGUUUAACUCAUUAAAAGCCGAACAACUGUCACUUCCCAAACCAUUGAUGAGUUACUUGUUAUAUCAGGACAUUUGCAGAUAACCCAUCAACCGUUGAAAAAUUAUAUACCGGAGCUGCCCCUCGUCUAACUGGUCAACAAUAACAACAACAAAAACAACUAUUGAAUAACAACCGCACGACUAUUAUUACUACUACUACUCUAUCUAAAUAAUUAUGAAACAAAUCUGUGUGUGAUUUUUGAUAACCUUUUUAGUAUAUACCAUAUAAUCAACGGUUUAUGAUUGCAUACAAACAAAAAAAACUAACUUUUCUUAUGUGAUAUCAAUUAACACAACCCAAACACAACUGGUUUUCUGGUUUUUUCUCAAUUUUUUAUUAUUUUAAUUAUUAAUAAUUUCAAACUGAUUUUAAAUGUGAAACUCAUUCAUCAAAUCAAUAAUAUAUUAUAUAUAUCAUCAACUCUGGAAUGACUUCAAACAAUUUGUUUGUAUUGAGUUUUAAUAAUAAGCAAAAAAAACUCUGGAUAUCUAUUUGGAUAUCGAUUAUUAUUAUUAUUAUUAGU